AUGAGCGUCACUUGGAGUUCGCGACUGCAUGACAAGGUUGUGUUCGUGACGGGCGCCUCGUCCGGCAUUGGCGCUGCUGCCGCUCAGCUGUUUGCGUACGCGGGGGCGAACGUCGUGCUGGGCGCGCGUCGCAUCGAGAAACUCGCGAGCGUGCAAGCCGCCUGUGAGCGUGCGAAUGCGGACGGUGCUACGGGGCAUGGCGGCCGCUAUGCGGUGCUUGAUCUCGAUAUGCGUAACGCACAGAGUAUCGAGUCUGUUUUGCAGCGUAUGCCGUCGUGGGCGUCGGACGUUGAUGUGCUUGUGAACAAUGCAGGCCUCGCCUCCGGCACCGCCCAGGUGGGCGACAUUCGGCGUGAGGACGUGGAUGCGAUGCUCGACACCAAUGUGCGUGGUCUCAUUGAGAUGACGCAGUUGUUUGUGCGCAUGUUCAAGGCGCGCAAUCGCGGCCACAUCAUCAAUCUCGGCUCCAUCGCCGGUAUGGAAGCGUAUCCAAGCGGUUCGAUCUACUGCGCGACGAAAUUCGCCGUGCGUGCGUUUACGUCCGCGCUGAUGAAGGAGCUGUACACGACGCCUAUCCGUGUCACCAACAUCCAGCCGGGGAUGGUCGAGACGGAAUUCAGUCUUGUGCGGGCCUAUGGCGAUCAGACGGCCGCCGACAAGGUAUAUGUGGGCAUGGAGCCGCUCCGGGCCGAAGACAUUGCGGAGGAAAUCGUCUGGGCCGCCAGUCGUCCUGAUCACGUCAAUAUUGCUGAGCUGACGGUGCUGCCCGUGCAACAGGCAGGACCGUACCAUGUGUCUCGGCGCACCUAG